CUUUCAGGGAUAGCGAAAGUAUGUCUCGCGGAAGGUAACAAAGAAUACAAACAAGGAGAAGCUAAUAACGCGAUAAAGUCCUACACGGAAGGACUUCAGGUGAACUGCAAAGAUGAACGGCUUAACGCCAAGCUUUAUAGCAACAGGGCAACAGCUCAUUUCCGUUUGGGUAAGAAUUCCUUUUUCAAGCCUCUAGCCAUUUUCAUACGGUGAUAGAGUUCUUUAGCUGUAGAUUAUAACCGAUGAUCGUGGUCAACGGCCGGGGUGUGGUCCUCGUGUGGUUGUAAACGCCCGUCAUGGUCGUGUCGGAAAUGAGACUAAAGAAUCUGCUAUGUUCCGAAACUUCACGUUUUAUUUUAUAAAAUCAACUUAAUCUCCCGCUCUCUCUCACCUCUCACGGUUCUCUGUCUCAUGCUCUGGUCUCUCUCAAAAAUGUAUAAUAUGAUCCUAUUGUUCAAUCAUCUGUCAUGGUAAUCGUCGUGAGACUGAUCAUAUUUGAUACCACAGAAUAACUAACCAAAGACACACGCUCCCUUCCCCCUCAAAAAUCCUGCGUUUGCCGUUUUUAGAGAGGUGGGGGGGAAGAUUAGCUAAUUCGAGGUUAUUUCACGAUCUUUGAGGUUGGAAUCUUUGGAUCCAGAUCCCAACGAUUUAGUUCCUGAAUCGAACUUAGAGAGAGCGUGCAGGUUGAUUUGGUUUUCUCAAACGAGUUGGUAAUUUGAUUUGGCUACCGUAAAGAAAUUACACAGCUAUCGUUUUGAACGUUAGCCCUUGGUCAGAUGGAGUCCGGAUUUGCAGCACCACAGCUUUUUCAGAAAUUUACACCCUCUAAAAAGCAAUACGCAAUCUGCUCCGAGAAAAUAAUUAAUUUUCACAGAUGGACUCCAAUUUAAGUAAUUACGGAAGACUGAGCAUAAAAAAGCAGUCCUCGACGGGAUUAGAAACCGCGCAUCCUAAAUACAAGCUGGGCGCUACUACCAGAAUAGACACGAGACCACACGCUGGCAUGGGAGCGAGGCAAAUUUUGAAUUUUGAACAUUUUUCAAGAAAUCUGAUCGCAAUCGUAAUGAAAUAAAAUUCUAUUUGACCUGUAGUUGAAAAUCGUAUAAGGUAGACAUCCUCAGAGGCCUGCAAUUUGAGCAAUUUCAACUUUUAAUAUAAACGGAUGUUCUACACAAAUUACAUGCAUUUUAUGACUUCAUUGAUGACUACUUAAAUUUAAUUCCUGAAUUCCAUAGGGAACUACCAACAGUGUCUCGAUGACGCAACGGUUGCUGUUCAAUUGGAACCCACUUUAAUCAAGGCUAUUAAGAAAGGUGAGUAUUUUAGCCACAGUGUUAGAAGAAUUACUCUCUAACACUCGGUUGAAUUUUCUUUAUUUCCUGGUUGAGCUCCUGGUACAAUUCUUACUCUCGGGAACUAGCCCAGUAAUAUUGAUCUUAUUCACCACAGUUCAACUUAUUUCUUUCGACAUAAGUCCACACUGUUCUGCUUUGUUAUAUUCUCUGAUUGAAAGAUGCUGUGCACCAGCUUAUAAAGGUGUCACCAAAGACGACACUUCUAAGCUGUCAAUCUUCUUACAUCGCGAUCGCUCCGUUUCAGCCAGCGAAUCACGUUAGAGUACGUACGACAGUUCCUGCUUACUAAGUAUGGACCUUCGAAUUGUUUACGCAAUCACAAAAUCAUCUUCUACCUUAAAUUUCUUAAUUGUACGGUUAAGACCGGCCAGAACGAAGGCAAGAUUGAUAAUAUAAAAAUUAUAAUUAACCUAUUGGCAGAAUUGAAAUUACGUUUGAAAAGAUAGUUUACGAGAAAAUAGCCUUAAAGAUUGUUAUUAACAACAGAGUAAAAGAAAAUUCGAGAUACCCAAGGUACCGCCCCUAAGAAAACUACGCCAAAUUCAGUGCGGAGAUGAAAAAGCAUAAGCUAUUUACAAUCAGAGUCACCGCUUUGCACUAACUCUUAUUGUCCACUUUCAAUUCUUCCACAACUUCUAUUUUCCUUCAUUUUCACAGUUGUCUAACGAACUAAAUGAAAAACACAGUCUGCACACAUGUAUACCUUGAAUUACUUCGCUCUACCAAUCAUUGCAUUCUUUCUUUUGAGGAGCCAGAGCUUGUGUCGAACUUUGCUUGUAUGAAGAAGCAAGGAGCUGGUUGCACAUGGGAUUGGCCGUAUCCUUUGACGAAAGUUUCGAGUGAGAUAAUAGAUGCAAUGCGAGAAAUAUUUCAAAGAAAAUCAAUACGGUUCAAUCAGAUUAUGAUCACAAAAAAAUUGAAAAAUUUGUAUCGCUUACAGACAAUGACGUUCAUAAUUUCCUAGAAGGGGGAAAAAACAAAAUACGAAAACAAGAACCGAAAGUUCUCGCGGUUGAGAGCGACAAUCGAGGACUGGAAGACUUGCUCCAGGCCUAUUUUGGCCGGGUGCUCGAAAAGAUUUCUUCUGUCGGUAAGGAAAUAGUCAACAGCUGAGAAUUAUUUAAAUUAAAAAAUUACGCCCAUUGUUUGUUUUUGCAACGAGUCAACGCAUUUUUCACCCUGAGCCUUGUCGUCAAAGCACGUAAUAACUUUUCUUCAGAAACUGUAGAUUCUGUUUUUUUUUUCAUUCAUUAAUUAAGUCGACUUUUCCCUCAGUAAAGGGCUGUUGUACUCAUGUAAUAGAAAAUAAUACAUAGUUACUUGCGGAUAUGGAAUUUCUCUUCUCGUGUUUAACUCGAUACCUCACUCGUGUCUAUGUAGUUGAACACUCGAAAAAAAUUCCACAUUUACGCGCGUCCAUGUAUAAUUAUUAAAUGACGCCUUUAGCACUUAUAACAAGCGAAUAUAAUAUCAUUUAAUGAAACCUGAAUUAAAAGAAGGGACCAAGGUAGAAACUAAACAAAUAAUUACCUUUGAAAGCUCGUUUACAUUAAUAUUCACUUUAUAAAUAAGCGUAUUGUUUAAGCAGCAAAACUUUAUAAGACAGCCACUUCCAAUGCGUAAGGUCCUACCUAAUAUUCUAAUUAUUGUUAAAAUCAUGACUUCUGUAUCCUUGACAAAUUUUAAGAUUGACAAGAAUGGUAAAGGUCUGCUUAAUCAACUGAACAGAUCUAAUGAUGGACUAAACGUGAUGAUGAUCAGUUAUUGCAAUCUCGGCACCAUUUAUCAUGGUCAAGGAAAGUUCAAAAAAGCAAUCAAAUACCAUCAACGUCAUCUAGAAAUUGCUAAAGAAGUGGGAGACAAAGCGGGAGAGGGACGAAGUUAUGGCAAUCUCGGCAACGCUUAUCAUGGUCUAGGACAGUUCCAAACAGCAAUCGAGUACCAUCAACGUCAUCUAGAAAUUGCUAAAGAAGUGGGAGACAAAGCGGGAGAGGGACGAGGUUAUGGCAAUCUCGGAAACGCUUAUCAUGGUCUAGGACAGUUCCAAACAGCAAUCGAGUACCAUCAACGUCAUCUAGAAAUUGCUAAAGAAGUGGAAGACAAAGCGGGAGAGGGACGAGGUUAUGGCAAUCUCGGCAACGCUUAUAAUGGUCUAGGGCAGUUCCAAACAGCAAUCGAGUACCAUCAACGUGGUCUAGAAAUUAAUAAAGAAGUGGGAGACAAAACGGGAGAGGGACGAAGUUAUGGCAAUCUCGGCAACGCUUAUCAUGGUCUAGAACAGUUCCAAACAGCAAUCGAGUACCAUCAACGUCAUUUAGAAAUUGCUAAAGAGGUGGGAGACAAAGCGGGAGAGGGACGAAGUUAUGGCAAUCUCGGCAAUGCUUAUCAUGGUCUAGGACAGUACCAAACAGCAAUCGAGUACCAUCAACGUUGUCUAGAAAUUGUUAAAGAAGUGGGAAACAAAGCGGGAGAGGGACGAAGUUAUGGCAAUCUCGGCAACGCUUAUGUUAGUCUAGGACAGUUUCAAACAGCAAUCAAGUACCAUCAACGUCAUCUAGAAAUUGCUAAAGAAGUGGGAGACAAAGCGGGAGAGGGACGAGGUUAUGUCAAUCUCGGUAAUGUUUAUCAUGGUCUAGGACAUUUCCAAACAGCAAUCGAGUACCAUCAACGUCAUCUAGAAGUUGCUAAAGAAGUAGGAGACAAAGCGGGAGAGGGACGAAGUUAUGGCAGUCUCGGCAACGCUUAUCGUGGUCUAGGACAGUUCCAAAGAGCAAUCGAGUACCAUCAACGUCGUCUAGAAAUUGCCAAAGAAGUAAAAGACAAAGCGGGAGAGGGACAAAGUUAUCGCAAUCUCGGCAAUGCUUAUCAUGGUCUACGACAGUUCCAAACAGCAAUCGAGUACCAUCAACGUCGUUUAGAAAUUGCUGAAGAAGUGGGAGACAAAGCGGAAGAGGGACGAAGUUAUGGCAAUCUCGGCAACGCUUAUCGUGGUCUAGGACAGUUCCAAACAGCAAUCGAGUACCAUCAACGUCAUCUAGAAAUUGCUAAAGAAGUGGGAGACAAAGCGGGAGAGGGACGAAGUUGUGGCAGUCUUGGCAACGCUUAUCAUGGUCUAAGACAGUUCCAAACAGCAAUCGAGUACCAUCAACGUCAUCUAGAUAUUGCUAAAGAAGUGGGAGACAAAGCGGGAGAGAGACAAAGUUAUGUUAAUCUCGGCAACGCUUAUCAUGGUCUAGGACAAUUCCAAACAGCAAUCGAGUACCUUCAACGUGAUCUAGAAAUUGCUAAAGAAGUGGGAGACAAAGUGGGAGAGGGAGGAAGUUAUGACAAUCUUGGCAAUGCUUAUCAUGGUCUAGAACAGUUCCAAACAGCAAUCGAGUACCAUCAACAUCAUCUAGAAAUUGCUAAAGAAGUGGGAGACAAGGCAGGAGAGGGACGAAGUUAUAGCAGUCUCGGUAACGCUUAUGAUGAUCUAGGACAGUUCCAAACAGCAAUCGAGUACCAUCACCGUCAUCUAGAAAUUGCUAAAGAAGUGGAAGACAAAGUGGGAGAGGGACAAGGUUAUGGCAAUCUCGGAAACGCUUAUCUUGGUCUAGAACAGUUUCAAACAGCAAUCGAGUACCAUCAACGUCAUCUAGAAAUUGCUAAAGAAGUGGAAGACAAAGCAGGAGAGGGACGAAGUUAUGGCAAUCUCGGCAACGCUUAUGAUGGUCUAGGACAGUUCCAAACAGCAAUCGAGUACCAUCAACGUCAUCUAGAAAUUGCUAAAGAAGUGAGAGACAAAGUGGGAGAGGGACGAGGUUAUGGCAAUCUCGGCAACGCUUAUGAUGGUCUAGGACAGUUCAGAACAGCACUCGAGUACCAUCAACGUGGUCUAGAAAUUGCUAAAGAAGUGGGAGACAAAGCGGGAGAGAGACGAAGUUAUGGCAAUCUCGGCAACGCUUAUCAUGGUCUAGAACAGUUCCAAACAGCAAUCGAGUACCAUCAACGUCAUUUAGAAAUUGCUAAAGAGGUGGGAGACAAAGCGGGAGAGGGACGAAGUUAUGGCAAUCUCGGCAAUGUUUAUCAUGGUCUAGGACAGUUACAAACAGCAAUUGAGUACCAUCAACGUCGUCUAGAAAUUGCUAAAGAAGUGGGAGACAAAGCGGGAGAGGGACGAAGUUAUGGCAAUCUCGGCAACGCUUAUGAUGGUCUAGGACAGUUCAAAACAGCAAUCGAGUACCAUCAACGUUGUCUAGAAAUUGCUAAAGAAGUGGAAGACAAAGCGGGAGAGGGACGAAGUUAUGGCAGUCUCGGCAACGCUUAUCAUGGUCUAGGACAGUUCAGAACAGCAAUCAAGUACCAUCAACGUGAUCUAGCAAUUGCUAAAGAAGUGGGAGACAAAGCGGGAGAGGGACGAAGUUAUGGCGGUCUCGGUAACGCUUAUCAUGGUCUAGGACAGUUCCAAACAGCAAUCGAGUACCAUCAAGGUGAUCUAGCAAUUGCUAAAGAAGUGGGAGACAAAGUGGGAGAGGGACGAAGUUAUGGCGGUCUCGGCAACGAUUAUCAUGGUCUAGGACAGUUCCAAACAGCAAUCGAGUACCAUCAACGUUGUCUAGAAAUUGCUAAAGAAGUGGGAGACAAAGCGGGAGAGGGAGGAACGUAUGGCAAUCUCGGCAAUGCUUAUCAUGGUCUAGGACAGUUACAAACAGCAAUUGAGUGCCAUCAACGUUGUCUAGAAAUUGCUAAAGAAGUGGGAGACAAAGCGGGAGAGGGACAAAGUUAUGGCAAUCUCGGCAACGCUUAUGAUGGUCUAGGACAGUUCAAAACAGCAAUCGAGUACCAUCAACGUCUUCUAGGAAUUGCUAAAGAAGUAGAAGACAAAGCGGGAGAGGGACGAAGUUAUGGCAGUCUCGGCAACGCUUAUCAUGGUCUAGGACAGUUCCAAACAGCAAUCGAGUACCAUCAACGUUGUCUAGAAAUUGCUAAAGAAGUGGGAGGCAAAGCGGAAGAGGGACGAGGUUAUGGCAAUCUCGGCAACGAUUAUCAUGGUCUAGGACAGUUACAAACAGCAAUCGAGUACCAUCAACGUGAUGUAGAAAUUGCUAAAGAAGUGGGAGACAAAGCGGGAGAGGGACGAAGUUAUGGCAAUCUCGGCAACGAUUAUCGUUGUCUAGGACAGUUACAAACAGCAAUCGAGUACCAUCAACGUUGUCUAGAAAUUGCUAAAGAAGUGGGAGACAAAGCGGGAGAGGGACGAAGUUGUGGCAAUCUCGGCAACGCUUAUCAUGGUCUAGGACAGUUCAAAACAGCAAUCGAGUACCAUCAACGUUGUCUAGAAAUUGCUAAAGAAGUGGGAGACAAAGCGGGAGAGGGACGAGGUUAUGGCAAUCUCGGAAACGCUUAUCAUGGUCUAGGACAGUUCCAAACAGCAAUCGAGUACCAUCAACGUCAUCUAGAAAUUGCUAAAGAAGUGGGAGACAAAGUGGGAGAGGGGCGAAGUUAUGGCAAUCUGGGCAACGCUUAUCGUGCUCUACGAAAGUUCAAAGCAGCAAUCGAGUACCAGAUCCGUUCUCUAGAAAUUGCUAAAGAAGUGGGAGACAAGGCAGGAGAGGGACGAAGUUAUGGCAAUCUCGGGGACGUUUACUAUAGUGUGCGACAGUUCCAAACAGCUAUCGAGUACCAGAUCCGUUCUCUAGAAAUUGCUAAAGAGGUGGGAGACAAGACCGGAGAGGGAAUAAGUUAUUACCAUCUCGGCACCAUUCUUCUCGGUCAAAAAAAGUUUAAAAGGGCGAUCGAGUUAUAUCAACGUUACCUAGAAAUAUCCAAAGAAGUAAGGGACAAGACUGGAGAAGCGUGCUCACUCGGUUCUCUUGGAAUGAGUUUCGAGUGUCAAGGAGAUCCCAUGAGGGCCUUCACCUACUUUAACUCGAGUGUAGAGGUGUAUGAUGACAUCACGGCCAGUCUUCAACUCAACGAUCAGUGGAAGAUUUCUUAUCGUAAUCAGCACCAAAGUGCAUACAAAGGUUUGUGGCGUAUAAGUCUCAUUCAAGGUAAAGUUGUGAACGCUCUUCUUGCCGCAGAAAAAGGACGUGCUCAAGCUCUAAGAGAUAUUAUGGACACAAGGUAUCGGCCUGAUCAUACUUUAAGGAAUGGCAGUUCGUGCCUUUCCCUGAAUUCUGUUCCAUCAAAUACAGUUUUCAUGGCUCUCAAUGGACCAUGCGUUUACUUCUGGGUUUUUCUCUGUGAAGAUAAUAUCCAGAUGAGAAAAGUACAUGUGAACAAUUAUAAAUAUGAGAAUGAAUUGGAAUUUUUCAUCCGGCUACAGAACAAAACUGCCCUUAAGGAGAUUGGCAGAAGAGAUGCUGUUCCAUGCGAAAAUCCUUCACCUGGUUCGCCAAAAGAGGAGGAAGUUGCCAAGGAUGUGAUCCGAGUUGAUGUGAGGUGCUCACAAUCAAGGGCUCUACAGAAGCUUCAUGACAUCAUCGUUUCUCCUAUUGCUGAUCUGAUCAAAGGCAACGAGAUAACUUUUGUUCCUGAGGGGCCAUUUUGCCUUGUACCUUAUGCAGCAUUGGAGGACUCGAGGUCAUCAUAUCUAAGUGAUUCUUUCAGUAUUCGUGUGCUUCCGUCUCUGACGACGUUGCAACUAAUUCAUGAUUGCCCAGCUGAAUUCCACCUGAAAAGAGGUGCAUUGCUUGUUGGCGACCCAUGUUUCAAACAUAUCAUCUAUCAGGAAGGACUUUUGGUGCAACUUCCGGGAGCAAGAAAAGAAGUGGAGAUGAUCGGACGCAUCCUAAAACAUUCCCCACUCAUUGGAGAAAUGGCAACAAAAGAAAAGGUGUUAAAACGAAUGUCAUCAGUGGCGUUAGUUCACAUUGCAGCGCACGGUAAAAUGGAAACUGGAGAAGUCAUCUUGGCACCAAACACUACAAGGAAAAACUCUCAACCAGAAGAAAAAGACUAUCUAAUGACUAUGAAAGAUGUCCUAGAAUCUGGGCUGCGGGCUCGAUUGGUUGUACUAAAUUGUUGUCACACCGCUUGUGGGGAGGUUAUGGCCGAGGGUGUGGUCGGCAUCGCGCGAGCAUUUUUGGGUGCCGGUGCUAAAUCUGUUGUGGUAACCUUAUGGGCGAUUGAUGACGAGGGAACCCCGGAGCUCAUGAGUUUCUUCUACGAUGCACUUGCUAAAGGCAAGAAGGCAAGUGAAGCUCUCCAGCAGGCCAUGAAGUGCAUGAGAGAGAGUGAAAUGUUCAAAGAGGUGCAGUACUGGGCACCAUUCGUACUCAUUGGUGAUGACGUCAGCCUGGAU